UUCAGGGUUACGUAAUGGAAAAAACAAACACGCUUUGAAAACUGAUAGAGAGAGAAAGUGAAAGAAAGUUUAGAGAGAGAGAGAGAGAGAGAGAGAGAGAGAGUGAAGAAAAACGCAGGCAAUCUAAGCUUUGCUUUCUUCUUCUUCUUCUUCUUCUUCUUCGUCUUUUGCUUUUGGGGAGUUGGGUUUUUUUUUUGGUUCGAGUGUGAAAGAGUAAAAUUCUCUCUUUCUCUCUUUACAAAGUAGUUUUUGUUUGAUAGGGUUGGUUUGGUUUGGUUCUCAUUCCCAUUCUAUUCUCUUUCUCGCUCUGUAUUAUAUAUAUAUAUAUCAAUAUUUAUAUAUUCUAGAACAAUCGGAGAUAUAAUCAGACUCAUUUUCUCUCUCUGUUUGCUUCUCACUCUCUACCACCUGGCGACUGUGUUGUGAGCUUUUGUUUUUUGGGGGCAGACUCGAAGAGAGAGAGAGAGAGAGAGUGUGUAAUCGGGAAAGACCGUACAAUGGAGAGGUACGGUCGGAAUACAGCAGAAGGUGGGUCACAGUCCGAUCCGUCUCCGGAAUGGGCCGGUACCGGGCCUGAAACAGGGCUCGAAGAGUCCGUUUGGCAAUUGGGUAUUGGUGGUGAAGAAUCGUACCCAGAAAGACCCGAUGAGGAUAAUUGUAUCUUCUAUAUGAGAACUGGGUAUUGUGGGUAUGGCUCAAGGUGUCGGUUUAAUCAUCCCCGAGACCGCGCGGCGGUUAUUGGAGUUGCCAGGGCUGGUGGAGGGGAGUACCCAGAGCGACAUGGGCAGCCUGUAUGCCAGUAUUAUAUGAGGACUGGGACAUGCAAAUUUGGUGCUUCUUGUAAGUACCAUCAUCCUAGACAGGGAGGAGGUUCUUCUGGCCCUGUUUCACUAAAUUAUGAUGGAUAUCCAUUGCGGCCAGGUGAAAAAGAGUGUACCUACUACGUGAAGACUGGACAGUGCAAAUUCGGUGUGUCCUGUAAAUUUCACCACCCCCAUCCUGCUGGUAUGCCACUUCCGCUCCCAUCACCAGCAGCUCAAGUGCCACCUGCACCUGCUACACCGGUUCAUGGACCUACAUUAUAUCCCCCAAUGGCAUCUCCUUCUGGUUCCUCAUCACAACAAUAUGGAGUUGUAGUUGCAAGGUCUUCCAUGGUACAAGGCUCAUAUGUCCAAAGCCCUUACGGUCCUAUGUUGAUAUCCCCAGGCAUGGUACCUUUUCCGGGGUGGGGGGGUUCUUACAUGACAUCUAUAAGCCCAGUGCCCUCCCAUAGCAAUCAACCCCCUGCUGGUUCAGGACAAGUUUAUGGGUUAAGUCAAGUAUCUCACCAAGCACCUCCAUAUACUGGAACAUAUCAGCCUGUUGCUUCUCCUACUGUUCCUUCAGUCAGUAGCCAGAAGGAACUUUCUUAUCCGGAAAGGCCUGGACAACCGGAAUGCCAAUAUUAUAUGAGAACCGGUGACUGUAAAUUUGGAUCUUCUUGUAGAUACCAUCAUCCACCAGAUAUUAAUUCACCCAAAACUACUGUUGUCCUUAGCUCUGCUGGUCUUCCUAUGCGUCCGGGUGCACCACUUUGCUCUCACUAUGCUCAACGUGGAGCAUGCAAGUUUGGGCCAGCAUGCAAAUUCGACCACCCACUGGAAACACUAAGUUAUAGUCCAUCAGCUUCUUCUCUUUCUGAUAUGCCAGUAGCUCCCUACCCGGUUGGAUCCUCAGUUGGUAUGCUAGCACCAUCAUCCUCAUCUUCAGACUUGCGUCCUGAACUUACACCAGUAUCCACAAAGGACUCUACUUCAGCAAGAAUGUCUUCAUCAGUAAGCAGUUCUAGUGGAUCAGUUGGUUCAACAUUUUCGAAGGGUGGUCCUGUCUCUCACGCGAGUCUUCAACAGCCUGCACAGAAUCCUGGAACUUCUACUGGUGGCAACACCAGUACCAGCUCAGAGCCUCGUACUUCGAGCUAAGCAAUUUCCCAUUCUUCUUUUUUUCUUCAAAUUUCUCCAACCAAAGCAUCAUUUUUUUUCCCUUUUGGUGCAAGUCCUCUAAUAGAGGCUUCAUAUCUCACUUAUCAUCAUGGUUUCACAAAACUCCUAGAAUACAAUCUUGCUCUGUUCAUUUCUGUGUUCAUAUAAUCAUUAUAUUGGUCAUCCUUUCAAUUUCAAAUAACCGAUGGCCAACCCUCAAAAACUUUUUAGCAGCCUCAUAUAGCCUUCCAAUUUGCUCAUGAAUAACCAUGAAAAAAAAAGAAAAAGAAAAGAUAUAUUCUUGCAGUUCUGUUAGGCGAAAUCUGAAUCCAGCUCUCCACUUUAAAGAGCUGUUGUGUUUAUUGUGCUCCAUUCUCUUUCAAAAUGAAAGAUUAGUCCCACGGUGCUCUACCUUUUACACUGACCGUGUUUUUCGUGUCUAUCCUUUUAAAUUUUUUUCUUCCUUUUUCAUAGUUUUAUUUUCAUUUGAAUUCGGAGCAAGCUUCAAAUUGAACAUUAGCAUUUGAGUGUCUUGUUUUCCCCCACUUGUUUUUUUUGUCAAAGGGUCUACUGUGAACAAGACAAGUACUUCAGAUUCAGAGAGACCACAAGAAAGCCAUCAGAUCAGAUGCUAAUACAUUAUAUAAUGAUUUAAGAUAUACAUGGACCAUGGUAUGUUGUGGCUACAAAAAGAAAAAGCUUGACCUGUUUAUUUUCAAUUCCAUUAUGAAAAAUACAUAAACAAUAUAUGAAGAUGCAACUCUUGACUCUGCAAUAAUGGUUGUUGUUGUUCUUCUUCUUCUUCUUUUGUCCCCGUUUUACUAGGGGGAUUGAUACCUGUUCCUUAUAAUUUGCUUUAUUUGAUACUACAAUAUUAGCUUGACUUAUAUGGAAGGAAAAAGGAAGUGGUUGAUUCGAUUA